CACACACGCCGGUGGGCGACUCUCGAGGUGGCCUAUUAGGAUUUUAUUGGGAGGGACGGAACUUCGAGUACAAUUUGCUCUCUCCCUUGUCAUUCUUCUCCUGGAUUUCUCCGAGCGGGAGUAAAAACAUAAGGAGAACCCGAGCACUCCCCUGGAUUGCGGGCUGGUGAGGAGUCCGUGUGGUUUUCUCAUGAGUUAGGAAGCUGGUUCGUGUCUGUGCAGCUGUUUAGAUCACACUGUGUGUUUUUUUUUUUAACAGAAGAGAGGAAAAGUGUGCUCUCUCUGAAAGAUGCAAAGAUGACAAGAGGAAAUCGUUUGCCGUUUUAUGCUUGGUCGUAGGUAUGAAAUCCAGGACAUCCUCGGGCGUGUGUUUGAAAGUGUUUCUGAUCUCCUGAAGCGGCAGAAGAUAUAGAGUGGCUUUGGUGAUGGUCGCCACACUUUGCCAAGUCCACGCGGUGUCUGCUCUGUGCCUGUGACAACGAACCAUGGCUCUCCUAGUCGUCCCGUUGCUCCUGCAAACAGGGCUCGUUUGGGGUUCAAACUACGGUUAUGUGGAGUGGUCUGACAAUGACCGCGACGAUAAGAGCCCACCAGUCUUCAGCACCCAAAAUAUCAACAGGGAGCCACCCCACCAUCCGACCUAUUACCCAUUACCAGCCACCGAGCGCACGGUGGUGGCGCACAAAAUCGAGGAGGACCUGCCCAGGGUGGUGACCGCUUUCUUGCACACCGGGGACUCUUCGGCGCUUAGACAGGUCAACUGUUCGCGGAGGUACGAGCUGAGCAGCCUGCGAGGCGGCCUCCACGUCGCCUCCCACUAUUCCCUCCACAGCAUUCUGGACACUGUAGCGCACGCCACAAACUUCCUGAAUAUGAUCCUGCAAGCCAACAGGUCCCGGGAGCAAACCCUGCGGAGGGACAUCCACUGGUACCACGCGCUGGUUCAAAGCAUCCUCGAAGGGGAUCCUAAAAUCCACAGGGCAGUGGUGACCUUGCACACGGAUGCGCUGACGCCAGGGCCCCACGUUUUCCUCCAGGCGACGAGAACCGAGAAUGAAGUGGUACUACAGGACCUAUCCGGCUCUGCGCACCGUCACCUCAAGGGCAGGAGUCCGGAGACUGACUGGUUUAAUGAGUUCAGGGACGGCAGGAGACCACACAUGCACAGAAGAAUCACGGAGGCAUCGGGCUCCAAGAGUGGCACUUAUCUCCUGGACAAAAACCAAAUUAAGUGGUCUGCGCCAUACCUGGAGUGUGAACACGGAACGUUUGUGCCCUAUUGGCUGCUCACCCUGUCUGCAGCCUUCUAUGGACUUAAGAGCAACUCAGCGCCAGAGUUCAGGGGCGUUGUCCGCGUGGACGUGAACCUGCAGGAUGUGGACAUUGACCAGUGCUCCAACAGUGGCUGGUUCGGUGGGACCCAUCGCUGUAAUCUUACCAGCAUGGAGUGCACUCCCAUUGUUGGCCAUGGAUUUGUGUUGGACAAGUACAAGUGCCAGUGCAGGAGAGGAUUUUACCAUCCGAGCCGAGUGGCGCUCAAUGGCUUUAAAAGUAAGGAGCAGGGCUCUCACAGAGACGAAUCCUCCGACGUGUCCAGCAAGUGCCUGCCGUGCCGCGAGGGCUGUCCCUACUGCCGGGAUGACACGCCCUGCCUGGUGCAGGAGGACGGUGCUCUGAGGCUCUCUGUGGCCUCCUUCCAGGGUCUCUGCAUGAUGCUGGACUUGGCCAGUAUGGUGGUGGUCUACCACUUCAGGAGAAACAAGAGCAUUCGUACAUCUGGUCUCAUUCUGCUGGAAGCCAUCUUGUUUGGUGCGCUACUUCUCUACUUCCCAGUGAUGAUCCUGUACUUCAAUCCCAGUGUGUUUCGAUGUAUCCUCCUGAGGUGGGUUCGCCUGCUGGGCUUUGCCAUCAUGUACGGGACCGUCAUCCUGAAGCUCUACAGGGUGUUAAAGGUGUUCCUGUCCCGCACGGCCCAGAGGACACCUUACAUGACCAGCUGGCGGGUCCUGCGGCUGCUGCUAGUCAUUCUGCUGGUGGUGCUUUGGUUCCUUGUGGCCUGGACGUCCUCCGUGUGCCAGAAUCCGGAGCUGAGUCAGGCUCUCAUCGCUGCGGGUCUCACUCCCGAGGGGCUGCAGUUCAGCAUGUGUCUGCUGGACCGAUGGGACUACAUGAUGGCAGUCGCUGAGUUCCUGUUCCUGCUGUGGGGCGUGUACCUGUGCUACGCUGUCCGCACCGUACCCUCGGCUUUUCACGAGCCACGUUACAUGGCCGUAGCCAUCUACAAUGAGCUCCUCAUAUCGGCCAUCUUCCACAUUAUCAGGUUCUCUCUGGUGCCGGGACUGCACCCAGACUGGAUGCUCAUGUUGUUCUUUGCUCACACUCACCUGACUGUGUCUGUGACUCUGGCCCUGCUGCUGAUACCUAAGUUCCUGUACAAAGGGACGCAGGCGAGAGACGAUAUAGCCACCGAAGCUUACGAGGAGGAGCUAGACAUAGGAAGAUCUGGCUCCUACCUCAACAACAGCAUCACCUCGGCCUGGAGCGAGCACAGUUUGGACCCAGAGGAUAUACGGGACGAGUUGAAGAAGCUGUACGCCCAGCUGGAAGUCUACAAAUGUAAGAAGAUGCUUGCCAACAACCCUCACCUUCAAAAGAAGCGCAACUCCAAAAAGGGUCUGGGUCGCUCGCUGAUGAAACGGAUAACAGAGAUCCCAGAGACUAUGCACCUGCACCGGCAGUGCAGUCGUGAUGAUGGCAGCGAACACGGCAGCAACCGCAGCACCUUGAGGAGAAAUCCCUUUGAGCCGAGCCACCACGGAAAACCUCGAGACGACUCCCUGAAGAACAAAGUCAUGGGCUUGAAAAAGUCACUCAGCUAUGACCACGUCUGCGACCAGGAUGAAGAAGGCGCAAGCCAGAGCGGCUCAGCUGCGGGAGACAAAACGACUCCUGUUGGGACUGUAGGGGAAGGAUCUCUUCUGGGCUCUCUCAUUGGCCGUAAACAUGCCAAGAAGCAGCUGGAACCAGCUUCGACUCCACCGAGGCUGGAACCAGCCGUGUCCACCGAAUCUGUGCCGCUCUUCUGGAAAUCAGCCAGCGCUCACAACCUGACACACGAGAAGAAGCCUGUGCACCUGCGCACUUCCAUUAUGCAGAAAUCCCUGAGCGUGAUUGCGAGUGCCAAGGAGAAGGUGCCGGGACUCACUAACAAGACUCAGAGCGUCGAGGAUGCCAGUAAGAAGUGCGUGAAGGGACUGGAAGGGAGGACGCUGUCAGAGGUGGAUGAGACACCUGAGCAUUACCCCAAGAUGCCAGUCAGCCAAUCGGUGGAGUACUCCAAGACACCUUUGAAGAUGGGCAUAAUGAAGCAACAGGUGAGUGGGAGCCAGCCAUCAAUUUGCUCUGAGACGGGGAGGAACCUUUACGAUGUGUCCGAGGUUUGUUCCUGGGAAAUGGAAGAACCACAGACUCCCUCAGAAGCAAAAACCCAGAAGCAUGUUUCCAUCGCUCCUGGAGAAACCACCUCGGGCCGGAGAGGCAGCAGCAGCAGCUCUGGAGUCACCAAAGGUGGUCGGUCCCAGCAGAGGCAGAAGACGAGCCAGUCUCCUUCCAACAGACGCCGCGCCAAAGAUAAAGGAGGAGAAAAGGAGGAAGGAAGGGAAACACGGAAAUCUCGGGCACCCAGGUCACCUCUUCCUCUCAAGCCGGAUGUGUGUCCCUGGGAAUUCGAUGAGCAACCCAUGCUGAAAGGAGAUUCGGAUUCCAUUUCUCCAGACAGAAUCAGGCGUAAGAAGAGUGUCACGCCUACUGAUGGGAAGCCCAAAGGGCUUCACUCAGACCACUCCAAGUCCACAGGCAGCCUUUUACAGCCCCCGUCUCUGAUGGUCGAAAUCUGCCCAUGGGACUACACCGGCCCACCUUCACCUAAGCAGGAGAAGACUUGCAACAGCCCCACUUCACACAAGAAGAAACGGAAAGGCUCCAGCUCAUCCAACCACAAAGCUGAGAAGGAGAAAGGGAGGGAGAAGAGUAGAGAAAGGCGGAGCUCCUCCAGCAAGCCUCCGUCGGAGAGGAGAAGGGUCAGCCAGUCUUCGGAAUGCGGUGGGCCGGUUUCUGAGCGGCGGAGGAGCUCAACAAGAGACCCAGAGGUGAUGGAGGUCAGGAGGGCGGAGGUUUUCUCCCGGGAGACCGAGCUCACGCACGGCAGCUUGGCUCAGACUAGAAAAUCAUCAGAGAAGAAGAAAGACGGCUCUUUGAGCACUAGUUAUAAACCCGGGGCGAAAAUGGUUGACGUUUGCCCCUGGGACUUUCAGGACUCUGGGGAGAGGGCGUGAUGACUGCCGGGGGACGAAUGAACGUACUUUUUUCAUAUCCAGAUGACAGAUAUUGCAUUUCAUGAGAAGGGUUUCCUGUGGGUCACCUUAUGGAGAAGUAUGUUGUAAGGAAAGGAACAUCUACUCUGCUGCCUAUUGAUGCAAUCCAGACAUAAUUAAUUGCUACACAGCAACCAUCUUGUUCUUAUAUGCAGUAAUGCAACCUUAAAAACACUUUAAAUGAUUUUUUUGGUUUGUUUUUUUACACUUUUGCUUGCACAUUUGUCAAAGUUACAUAUUCUGUAUGUUUUUUCACACUGAGUCCAUUUUGAAAAAAAAAACAACCUGUAUUUACGAGCAGAGCAGACAAUCGUUCACCACAAAGCACCGUCGACUCUUAACCUGGGCUCGCCGUCGGUCUCACGUGUUAUGCAGACGAUGUUCUACGUUACGCACCGAGCCAGUGGAGACUUACUUAUAUCAGAUCAGCAGCAGGGAGAAAAGACCUAAGGAAAAAAUAAACAGAAAAUGAGAUCUGAGAAGCAAGACCAAAGCCCCAGACACAGCUGCGAUGCCUUAUCUUUAGGCCAAAUGCAUAAUUCAUGUCGCCAAGAUGAUCUGUUAGAUUAGAGAAACGUGGGAAUAACAGAGGAUUGUACCGCAGCCAAAUGAGACAAGCUGUGUGUUUUAGUAAAAGCUUUCCAUAUACAGUAUAUGUUUUUUUCUAAAAAAAAGCCGUCGCAUGUGGCAUACUGUGGAGCAUCCAGUAGCUAAAUGUUUAUGGGUCAGCGUGUUCUCAAAUAAGACAGUGGAGCCUUCGAUGUCGUGCCUAUGGUAUUCGUCUCCUUACAUGAUGCUUUCGAAGUGACGUGCACUGUGUUUCAAAUGGUCGCAGUUACAGUUGAGGAGUACUAAAAUAUCCAUCAGGCUCUCCUGUCUGCUGAUAUUUGUUUACUGUUGUAUUCUUUCCCAGGAUGCCCCGCCCCCUUUUAAAAAACCAAUAAAAAAAGACUCUUGGAUCAGAGGCUGUAGUAUCUACACAUCCACUGAAACUGUGACGAGAUCCUCCAAGAACCAGGACCAAGACUAGAGUGGAUGAUGUGAAUAAUGCAUUCCCCUCACCACCCCAUCACUUAGUUGCCCAUUUACCAUCUGCUUGAAUGCACCUUCCCUUAAAUCUUUGCACAUUCUCUAUUUCUAAAGCUACAACGAUGCAUGACCAGAACGUUUUUUUUUUCUUUGCCACUUUCUCACUGACAGAAUAUGAGUCAUUUACCAUCACAGCAUCGUGUCCAGAAAUGACAAUAACAACAACAACAGCCAGCCUUUCUGUCCUGUAAUCAGCCACCCACCACUGGCACCUAGAAGCAGUACGGUCACACAAAAUAGUCAGUUCAGUUUCAUGAGGGUUGUGUGUGCAUGACUGUGAAAAUUUAGGGAACGUGAUGCACCAGAAUUCACCUUUGCAUUUCUUAUGAAAGCAUGUGGGGUUUGUUUCAAAUCUGUAUUUAUCUAGCAUCGUAGGGAAGAAUUCCCUGUGUGAGGUCUGGCUCUAUAAAAUAAAAAUAUUUUUAAAAAAAGAAGCUUGAUAAACAAACAUGACCCACAACUCCGACUUUCACAUUUCUGUCAGAUGUUUUGAGGGAGCUUGAAACGGAACGUUACCUACGUGUAUUUAAUGCUCGUUAUACUGUCUAGUGUUGCUCCAAAGUUGCAAGCUGUCGUAGCAUCCACCUGGGAUUAUUUAUAUUGUACAUUCCAUAUUGUGUUGCAUGUACAUACAGUAAAUAUUCUGUUAUCAGCUCUGAAUUAAAUGUUUCUAUGAAA